GGUGGCUGAUCAGCUCAGUCUGAUCUCCGGAGCUCAAAAUGAGUUGGAGCAGCUGCAGAACGAACUGGACUUGAUGAAAUCCUUCCUUGAGGAUUCAGCCAGCAAACGCGUAAAGAGCGAACUCUUCAAAACCCUGGAGAAGCAGAUCAGGGAAAUUGUAUACACUGCAGAAGACACCAUCGACACUUGCGUGAGCCAGGCCGCAGCAGGCAGCUGGUUCAAGCGCAACCUUAACCCGAAUCGUCUUAGCCUUGCCAAAGAGGUCCAGUCACUCAGGGAAGAGAAGGUCAAACCUGCUUUCGAAGACGCUAGGAUGAAGUUCGCAACCCUUCAAGUAGCAGAUGCACCUCCCCUCCAGGAUACAUCCGACCCCCGAAAGAUUUCAUUAACGGCCGAUAAGAAAAUAGUAGGACUUGACGAUGAGGCAGACAAGAUAAUCAAGUAUCUGAAUGAAGAUUCAAAAGAACUUGAAGUUGUCUCCAUCAUUGGUAUGCCUGGCCUGGGGAAGACAACUCUAGCAUUAAAGAUUUAUCGUGAUUCAAGAAUCCAAUACGAAUUUCCGACCAUAAUUUGGGUUUAUGUUUCUGAGGAGUACAACAAGAAGGAUAUCUUUCUCACCAUUCUCAGAAAGUUCACCCAGCAAGACAUGUCUCGCAAGAGUGAAGAGGAAUUGGCUCAGCAAGUUAAAGAGUAUCUGUCGACAGGGAAAUUCUUGAUAAUCAUGGAUGAUGUGUGGACUGUUGAUGCCUGGGACCAAAUUGAAGCUGCGUUGCCAAAGAGUAAUAUAUAUGGUAAAAUCUUGAUAACUAGUCGCUACGAGACUGUGGCUUGGCGUGCAAAUCGUGAGAGACUGCCCCACAAGUUGCGUUUCCUAAAUGAAGACGAAAGUUGGCAGCUCCUCCAGUUAGAAGUAUUUGGUAAGGAAGGUGUGUGUCCUCCAGAAUUGGAAAUUACUGGAAAACUUAUAGCGGAGCAAUGCGAUGGCUUGCCUCUUGCAAUUGUUGUUAUAGGAGGAAUUCUGGUUGAUAAAUUAUCAUCAGUUAGUGAUACAAAAAUGGAGUGGAAAAAAGUAUCUGAUAGCGUGCAAACAUAUAUCAGUAAUGAUGACAAGAACAGACGCAUGGAGAACAUUAUUUCAUUGAGUUAUAAUAAAUUGCCCUAUGAGUUGAGGGAUUGCUUUCUGUAUUUGGGGAUGUUUCCCGAAGACUAUGAGAUUCCGGCCUGGAAAUUGAUUCACUUGUGGAUUGCAGAAGGUUUUGUGAAACAAAAGCCAGGAAAGAGUUUGGAGGAUAUUGCUGAGGAAAAUUUGAAGGAACUAGUAAACAGGAACUUGGUGAUGGUUGAUAAGAUGAAGGCUGAAGGUGAAGUUAAAACAUGCCACGUACACGACAUGAUACGUGAAUUCUGCAAACGGGAAGCUGCGUUAAAAAAUCAGAAUUUGUUCGAAGAGAUAAAAAUGUCCAAGGAUGGAGUUUCUGAAUCAAAUAUUUCAGAAGUGCAAAAGUUUCGCCGCCUUUGUGUCCAUUCAUAUGUUGUGGACUUCUUCCUCAAAAAACCAAAGGCCCCAAAAGUCCGUUCUUUUUGGUGUUUCUCCAAGGCAGACAUCACCUUGGCGCUGGAACACAUUCCAUUUAUCAUUGAUACAUUCAAUUUGCUCAGGGUUUUUGAUGUGAACCCCAUCAGAUUCAAGAGAUUUCCCACUAAAAUUACGCAACUAAUUCAUUUGAGGUACAUAGCUCUAUCCGGCGAUGAUUUCAAGGUUCUUCCUAAGGACAUCUCAAAUCUCUGGAAUUUACAGACUAUUAUAAUCAACACAAAAUCACGUACCUUAGAAAUCAAAGCAGAUAUAUUGAAAAUGAUGCAGCUGAGGCAUUUGAAGACAAAGGCAGCUGUUAUUCUAACCAAGGAAGGCAAAGGCGAAGCUGGGGUAAACCUUCGAACUCUCACUAGAUUAUCACCUCAGUGUUGUACCAAACAAGUGUUUGACAGGGCUCCAUACCUAAAGACAUUGGGAAUUCGUGGGCAAUUACUGACUCUUUUGGAUAACAGGAGCUUGGCAAACUUGGGUCGUCUUGAAAAGUUGAAACUAGUGAAUGAUGCAUUUCCUCGUGUAGCAUCCGAAAACCCAUUGCAAGGCCUUCCUCAGCCCGACAGGUUCCCACCGAAUCUAAGGAUCCUCACUUUGUCAUCUACGUUUUUGGACUGGAAAAAUAUGUUUGUACUGGGAAUGCUUAAUGCACUGGAGGUGCUCAAGCUGAAAGAGAAUGCAUUCAUGGGAAAAUGCUGGGAUGUUGUUGCUGGAGGCUUUAAUUCCCUUGAAUUUCUGUACAUUGCACGCACAGAUCUCCAGUUUUGGACCCUCUCCGGGAGAGGGGACCACUUUCCCAAACUGAGAUGCCUUGUGCUUAAGAACUGCGAGAAACUCCAUGAAGUUCCAACAUGCCUGGUGGAAAAACUUCAGACAUUGGACAUGGAACGAGUCACCAAACACGCAGUUGCUGCAGCCCGGAAAAUCGAGCAGGAAAAACAAAUGAAGUAUGGAGAACAAAGCACCAGAAGGGGUGGAUUCAAGCUCAUCAUUGCUCCUGGAGAUGAAUGAUCAAACUACUCAUAUGCAUCCAUCUGGUUUACACAUGAUAUGCAAUGCAAGUAUCUUAUCUGGGCAGCGAGUAAUUUCCUGGACCACCACCUCUUCUCCAACAUAUGUUGCUUUAUUAAUUGCCCGGGAGCAUUUCAAUUUAUUCUGAGUGCUGAUCUUUAAAACUGGUCAGUUUUCUAUUUUUUGUUGUCUAUGAUGACUAAUAUAUAUUUUCUCUCUCUCUACCUAACCUGGCUAUCAGGUUUUUAGUUGCUUUUGUUGUAAUCUGUUACUCUGAGAAUGCUUGUUAUCACACCCGGAGAUUCAAAUCUUUAGUAAG